CCUCCAGCAGCUUCGAGGGCCACUCAGUGCGCGCUGGGGUGCGGAGGGCCUGCUCCGGGGCACUUCGGCGACCGCGGGCUGGCCUGGCGUUGCGCCCGCCGUGUGUAGCGCACUUGGUGUGCGAGGGCCGUGGCUCAGACUAAUUUUAGAAAAUGUCAAGUAGGAAGUUUGCUGAGGGUGAAGUGGUCAGAGGCCGAUGGCCUGGGAGCUCCCUUUAUUAUGAAGUAGAGAUUCUGAGCCACGACAACAAAUCCCAGCUCUACACUGUAAAAUACAAAGAUGGCACCGAACUGGAACUGAAGGAGAGUGAUAUCAUGCCUUUAAAAUCCUUUAAGCAAAGAAAAAGUGGCUCCAUUUCCAGCUCUCCCUCUCGACGCCGCGGCAGCCGCAGCAGCCGUAGCCGCUCAAGAUCACGUUCCCGAUCCCCGGGCAGGGCACCAAAAGGCUCCAGAAGAUCCGCCUCUGCUUCCCAUGAGGCUGACGUGAAGGAGAAGAAGGAGAAGGAGAUGAGGAGGGAAAUUCUGCAAGUUAAGCUGACUCCGCUUGUGUUGAAGUCGUUUGGAAACAGCAUCAGCGUGUACAAUGGGGAGCCCGAACACAUGGAGAAGAACGCUACACCUUAUAAAGACAAGCAGGAAAGGAUCAUUUUGUCAACAGAAGACAGAUAUAUAGCUACACAGUACAGCCUUCGUCCCAGGAGAGAAGAGGUCAAAGCCAAAGAAAUAGAGUCUGAGGAACAAAACCUUGUCACCAAAGCACCCGCACCUUUGGGAACCUUUCAAGUGGCCACUCCACAGAGGAAGAACUUGGAGUUUGGAGGAGUGCCUGGUGUGUUGCUCAUUAUGCUGGGCCUGCCUGCCUGCGUCCUCCUGCUGCUGCUGCAGUGCAGGCAGAAGGACCCGGAGCUGCUCCACUUCCCUCCGCCUCUGCCGGCUCUCCAUGAGCUGUGGGAACCCAGGAUGUGCGGCGUUUACCUCCUCUGGUUUUUCGUUCAAGCUCUCUUCCACCUUCUACCAGUUGGGAAGGUUGCAGAAGGAACACCUCUUGUUGAUGGAAGAAGACUCAAGUAUAGACUGAAUGGAUUGUAUGCCUUCAUUCUGACAUCUGCAGCCCUGGGAGCAGCUGUCUUCUGGGGUGUCGAGCUGUGCUACCUGUACACUCACUUCUUGCAGUUGGCACUGGCAGCUACUGGGUUCUCUGUGGUCCUGAGUGUUUACCUCUAUGCACGCUCUCUGCGAGCCCCGAGGGAGGAGCUGUCACCAGCCAGUUCCGGAAAUGCUGUCUACGACUUCUUCAUUGGCCGAGAGUUAAACCCGAGACUUGGUGCUUUCGAUCUCAAGUUCUUUUGUGAGUUGCGCCCUGGAUUGAUUGGAUGGGUGGUUAUUAACUUGGUGAUGCUCUUGAUGGAAAUGAAAAUUCAGGAGCGAGCUGCUCCGUCCUUGGCAAUGAUCUUGGUUAACAGUUUCCAGCUCUUAUAUGUGGUGGACGCUCUCUGGAAUGAGGAAGCACUUCUGACCUCCAUGGACAUCAUGCACGACGGCUUUGGCUUCAUGCUGGCCUUUGGGGAUUUAGUGUGGGUUCCAUUUACCUACAGCCUCCAGGCCUUUUACCUGGUCAGCCAUCCCCAUGACUUGUCCUGGCCAUUGGCUUCUGUCAUCAUUGCUCUGAAAUUGUGUGGAUAUGUAAUCUUCCGUUGUGCGAACUCUCAGAAAAAUGCCUUCCGGAAGAAUCCCACUGAUCCAAAGCUUGCACAUUUGAAGACCAUUCAUACUUCCACGGGGAAAAGUCUGCUUGUUUCCGGAUGGUGGGGCUUUGUUCGCCAUCCCAAUUACUUGGGUGACCUCAUCAUGGCUCUGGCGUGGUCCCUCCCAUGUGGCUUCAACCACCUCCUGCCCUACUUCUACAUCAUCUACUUCACCGCCUUGCUUAUCCAUCGAGAGGCCCGGGAUGAACACCAGUGCAGGAGGAAGUACGGCCUGGCCUGGGAGAAGUACUGCCAGCGAGUGCCCUACCGCAUAUUCCCCUACAUUUACUGACCUGUGCUGCUUGCCUGGCAGCUCAGACCUCUCCCAGAAACAAGGGAAAGUCCAAAUGAACUAAUGUGAUGCACUGACAGGAUCUCUAGGUUUGUUUUUGAGUCAGGACUAUAGAGCCAAAUAGUACAUCUUUUAAUGUAGUUAAAUUUAUUCUUAUGGCAGUUAAUAUAAGGGGAAUUACAAAGAUGGUAAAAUUUGCUUAUUAAUAGGAAAAUUUUAAUCCCUAAAAAUCUUAACUUUUAUUUUUUGUUGGGUUUUUUUCAAUUUUUUUUUUCUUUUUGCCAUUUGAUUUUUCUUAAUUGAAAACUCUUAUUAAAGUACAUCUACGUUUCAUUGUGCUUAGAACAAAAUUCUCUUUAAGCCAGUUUAUUAGUCUAUAAAUCAAGCAAAACCCAGCCCAAUAUUGGUGGUAUAUCUGAAGAAUAAGGGCAGGUUACUUGCAGGACCUGUUUAAAGGACCAUUCAUAGCAGUGACUUCACCUCAGCCUUCAAAAGUGCAUUUGGAAAUAUAAACACAUAGACGACUUUUAUGUAAUAUAUGGUGACUUUUGAUUUUNCUGUACAGUUUUUGAAUGUGAGAUAAUUGUCAGAAACUAAGUAGUUUUUUAACAGAAUAUUUUCAGUGUUUUAAAUUAAGUUUUGUAAAGUAAUUACAAUUCAUUUAAAAUUAAAACAUAGGAAAGUUAUUUUUCUUUAUCCAAAGUUUGUGAAUUUGGCUUUGCUACCUCAAUUUGCAGGUGUGUGUUUGCCUUUAUAAAAUGUUGCAAAUAGAAAAAAAAAUAUUUUUUGAGUAACGGCGCUAUUUAAACAUUUUUAUACACAUUGGUGUUGGAAAAAUUGCCAUUUUAGGCUACUAUUUUUAUAUAUUUUUUGACUUAAAAUUCAACAGUGUUUUUGCUACUGUUUAGCUAAUACAGUUUAUAUUAAUUUGUAUCCUUUAUGUUUUUAGAACUCUCUAGAAAGGAGUUCUACCUGAUACAACUUUAAGUUUUCUCUCUCAGUUUAAUAGAUGUGUAUAAGCUGUUUGUAGCCUUCAGUGCUAGUGAGGUUGGAUAGUUUUCCAGUCACUGUCCCGGAGCAGGACAAGUGGCAAGUUCACUAGACUUUUUGUAUUCAAAGCUACAUUGUCCCCAGAGUAAACAUAAGGAUGCAGUACAUAUAGUGUGUACAUUUGGGUUUCUAUUACACAUAUCACAUGUGAGCUAGAUGCAAAUGUUCAGAUCCUCCUGCUCUGUAGCUUAGUGUUAAGUGGCUGUGCCCGUCUGAUCUUGCCGUGCUACUCUCUGCACUCUGUCAUCCUUUCCUGUUUCACUAGUCCUAAGGUGUUCAGCAGGUGGUUUUCUAUCAUGCUUUCUACUGGAAUCAACAUGGUGUGUUUUAAUAAGCUUACAAGGAAACAACUUUGGGUUCUUUGCCUGGUUCUGAAAGGGCGGGCAGUGUCACAGUAUCUGGAUAUUAGGUGCAAGUUGUUUUUAAUUUGAUGUUUGGCAAGCUUUGUAAUAAAAUUUUGGUUGGAAACAAAAAGUUGAAAAUAAAGAGUUGCUGUUA